GGAGAAACGAGUGCGGUAUAUGAAUCAUCUAACUGAUGAAAUACUAAUUAUGUCACCUCUUUAAAACUUAAUGCCUCCAAAACUACUUAAAAAAUUAGGGUUCUGAUACCAUCACCUCUUUAGCUUUUACUGGCUAUUAUAUUUCUAAGUUUCUAGAGUCAUAGCAUGAUAUUUAUUGAAAUGAUGGAGAGAUACACAUGAAGCUUUUUUGUUUGUUGAUUUCGUUAACCAGAAGUUAUUAAUCUUCUUAGGAAUAUUUAUGACGAGUGUUACUUAACGUUUUUAGUCUUCAAAGGUUGUUUGAAAUCAGGAUCUUGAUUCGCAGUCUGUCAAACGAAAUAAAAUUUUUUGCAUGAAUCAUUGAUAACGUUCCCAUAGAGUUUUAAACCAUGACAAAUUAUAUGUAUUCACCUGAGUAAUGACCAGACUCUCGUUGGUAGAAAAGCAGCAGAUUCUUUGAGUUCAAACGAGUUAUGGAUUCAGAAUUACGGAUCAUAGCCCUCAUUUCUAAAAUUUAUAAUUAUACUUAAGCUAAGUGUGGUCUAGACUUAAACAUAACAAGUGUUAAAAAGUCAACAUGUAUUAGUUACUUUUAGAGUACGCUAAGUGCCAAUGGAGUAAAAGAAACGAAACAAUUACUGAAAUCGCACUCGUGAGAUGCACAAAGGAAGCAACCUUAGAAGAACUAGGGCAAAAGCUGAUCUGUUUUCUCGAAUCUUGUUCCAUUGUGUAGCUGUAAAACCACAUGCCCUAAUUAAUAUCUCGGUUCUUAUUUAUUCAUUCUCAUUACUUCUUAUACACGCAACCACUAAGUUAAAGCCUCAGUGAUUGCAAGAACUCAGCAACACAAAAAGAAAAGAUCUGAGUUAUGGAUGGAGAAGUCAUAGGUUUCGUCAUAGUAUGGGUUCUUGCAGUAAUCUCUGUAUCUUACUGUUACUACAUAUCCUCCAGAAUCAAAGCUGGAGUUCUUAGGUUAAUCUCCGUUGUUCCCGUUUGUGCUUUCUUUCAAGUUCUUCCUCUUUUUUUCACUUCUCUUCAUCUCUCUAGUUGUUUAGCUGUUUUCCUUUCAUGUCUCGCUAGUGCAAAACUCGUACUCUUCUCUUUUGAUAAAGGUUCUCUUUUCCCACUUCCCUCAAAUAUCUUCCGGUUCAGCUGCUUCACUUGCUUGCCCAUCAAGGCUCAACAAAACCCUAAUCCUAAAAAUCAAAUCCCCAAAUGGCUUUUCCCCAUUAAAGUUGCUAUAUUCGCUGUGGUGUUACAUAUGUAUGAUUACAAACAAUAUAUGUCUCCAGUUGUGCUAUUGGUUCUGUAUACUCUCCAUGUAUACUUGGAGCUCGACAUUGCCUUGAUGCUAGUCAAACUUUUGGUCUUAAUCACUCUUGGGUGCGAUCUAGAGCCGCAGGCCGAUGAACCAUACUUAGCCACCUCUCUUCAAGACUUCUGGGGUCGCCGGUGGAACCUUAUGGUCCCGGCAAUCCUUCGGCCGGCUAUAUACAUCCCCGUGCGGCAGUUUUGUAGAGGCCUAAUGAGCUCUGAUUGGGCUACAUUUUUGGCGGUUUUGGCAACGUUCGUUGCCUCUGGUGUAGCUCACGAGGUGUUCUUCUUCGCUUUGACCUUUGAGAUUCCUACAGGAGAAGUGGCUUGCUUCUUUGUGUUACAUGGAGUUUGCACUACUGUCGAGGUAGCUAUGAAGAGGACAGAGUUUGUGCGGCGUUGGAGAGUGAGUCCAACAGUGUCGCGGCUGCUUACGGUGGGGUUUGUGGUUGUGACUAGUGGCUGGUUGCUUUUCCCUACUCUUGCAAGAAGCGACAUGCUGGAGAAACUCGCUAACGAAGCCUUGCUGUCCAUUGAUUUCGUCAAGCGCACGUUUUAUAGUUUUUGGUGGUGAUAGUAAAUGGCUAAAUCAUGAUUUUUUAUAAAAAUAAAUGGUUAAAUCAUGAUUUGUGGAUUUAUGUGCUUCUAGACAAGAUCAUUUUAUGCUGUUAAUCGUGUUUCGACGAGAGUAUUAUAAAAGCAUCAUUAACCUAAAAACUCAAUUUUUAAGUAUUAAAUGUUACUUAAGAGACCUAGUUAAGAGAUAUCAAUAUUUUUGUGCUCCAAUGAGAGUCUCUUAUUUAGAAGUUCUUUUAAAAAAAAAAAUAA